CCCGGAGGAGCAGUCACGUGACUCCGGCUUGUAUUUCCCAAUGGUGGUGUAAGAGAGUGAAUUAAAAGCACUUCAGAGCUCUUUAACUCCUGUUUAACACCUACAGACGGAGCAGGUCACACAGGUGGCAUUCAGCAUGAACUUUCUCCUGGAGACUCUGCGUGUGCUGGUGCUGUCUGUCUACUACUUCCUGGAAGCCUUCGUGAAGUUCCUCCUGCCGGUGGGGAAGAAGAGCCUGGCCGGGGAGACGGUGCUGAUCACGGGGGCGGGCAGCGGCAUCGGACGCAUCAUGGCCACCGAGUUCGCCAGCAUGGACGUCACGCUGGUGCUGUGGGACAUCAACCUGGACGGGGUGAAGGAGACGGCUCGGGCGGUUAAAGAGAAGGGCGCUCAGAGUGUGCACUACUAUCAGGCCGACUGCAGCGACCGGGCCGAAGUGUACCGAGUGGCCGACCAGGUCAGACAGGAAGUCGGAGAUGUCACAAUCCUCAUAAACAACGCUGGCAUCGUCACCGGCAAGAGGUUCAUGGAUUCUCCAGACACGCUUGUCGAGAAGACGCUCCAAGUUAACACCAUGGCUCACUUCUGGACGUAUAAAGCGUUCCUUCCAGCCAUGACGGAGAAAAACCACGGCCACCUGGUCUGCAUCGCCAGUUCUGCAGGACUGAUCGGUGUUAAUGGUCUCGCAGAUUAUUGCGCUAGCAAGUUCGCUGCCGUGGGCUUCGCCGAGUCCGUGGCCCUGGAGCUCAUAGCCACAGGAAAAGAAGGCAUCAAGACGACUAUAGUGUGUCCGUAUUUCAUCAACACGGGGAUGUUCGACGGCUGUGGCACCAAAUGGCCACGUUUGCUUCCUAUCCUGGAACCUGAGUACGUCGCAAAGAAGAUCAUGAACGCCAUUGUGACAGACCAGACCUACCUUUUAAUGCCAAGGAGCAUGUACUUCUUACUGUUUUUGAAAAGUUUCCUGCCGUAUAAGGAAUCCGUGAUCCUGGGCAUGUACUUCGGAGCCUUCAACUUCAUGGAUGCUUUCAAAGGAAGACAAAAGAAAGUGAAUUAAUCCGAGAUUGAUUUGUCCUUUUCUGUUACUUUAACAACAUUUUAUUUAUAAUUUUUAUUACAAUGAAUAAUAAUAAUAAUACUGUAAAGAAUACGUAACCACUUUCAGAUGUUAUUAUGGGACCAAACAAUACAGCAGAUCUUGAAUGUUGUCCAGUGGUGCCUUAUCGAAUCUGUAUUUUUUUAAAAAUCUGUUUACAUAUUAUGCUGUGUCAUAGUAACCAUACCAUCCACUUGAAAUGCAUUCUUUCAUUUGUCAGACAUUAAUGAGUGUUAAUGUGUAGGACCAAAGCCAUUUCAGCAUUAAUACACUGCACCACUGUUGUAUUUGUCACUGAUAUUUCAGUUGAGUUGUGAAGAUUUUUUUUUUUUAGGUUAAGAAACAUUGUUUACUUAGAAAUAGACUGCAGGGACGUCAUUUUGAGAAGACACACCUACAAUAUCUUAUUAAAUAUCUGUUUACCAGCCUGCAAAAUGAAAUGCUUGCUGUGACCAGGUUUAUGUACCGUAUGUAGGGGAGAGUGGGGUCAGCUGUAACACUCUCUGUUCCUCCAAUCGGCAACCCGCUCUCAGAUUUUGAGGUAUGAAAGUAAAUUUCCUGAAGAACGUUUUGAAUUAUAUGUUAAUUCUGUAUGCAGAUGAAACCGUAAUAUACUAGUUUUGCCUAUUUCACCUUGACUUGGCAUAAUUGAUGACAUAGUUGACAGCGCUAAGCAGUUCACAGCGUUCAGUUGACAGUGUGGUGUGGGUCGUAACAGUGUAUUUAAGAUAUAUAAAAAAAUAGAAAAGAGAUUUGGAAAAAUAAGUGGAAGAAUGAAGCUCAGAGGCCUGAUCAAAACAGCUGUUAUUCACGUGUAUGCACACACUUAAGAAUAGGAACGUUUUAGAAAGGAAAGUGCUUUUUCUGGUACAAACAUUGUACGACUGCCUAAGAGUUCUUUAUAGCAUGAUAAAAUAAUUGGAAAUGUAUAUUAAUAUCUAACAAAUUGACAUGUUACCACCAACCGCACAUGUUACACCUACGGGGUCGGUUGUAACAUUCUGGGUACUUUGAUUUAAUAUUAUACAUCCUCUAUUCUAUUAACAUGAAAAUUGGUAUGUGUUUAUUAUGAAUAGAGAGACAAAUGUAAUGUUCAUGUGUCAAAAACACAGAGCUUUAGAAUAUUUUACUCACAAGAGUUACAAAAAUAUGUGACAACUCUCCCCACCCUCCCCUUUGGCCGCACUUUGCUGAUGAGAGAGGUCAGAGAAGAAUGGCUAGGCUGGUUUGAGCUGACAGGAAUGCUCUGGUAACACAAAUAACUACUCUUUACAACCAUGGUGAGCAGAAAUGCAGCUCAGAAUGCAGAACCAAGUGAACCAGCAUUGUCUGAUCUUUAACUGUCUGGCUUCAGUGAGCCCGUGCCCACUGUAGCCUCAGAUUCCUGUUGUUGGCUGACAGGAAGAGAACUUGAUUUGGUUUUCUCAAGGUUCAAGUUGUUGAGUAUUCUGACAUGCUUUUCUGCUCACCACGGUUGUAAAGAGUGGUUAUUUGAGCAACCGUAGCCUUCCUGUGAGCUCGAACCAGUCUAGUCAUUCUCCUCUGACCUCUCAUCAGCAAGACGUUGCUGGUCAAACAAUUGCCUCUCGGUGGAUGUUUUUUUUUUUUUUUUUUUUUUUUUUUAAACCACAAUUCUCUAUAGAUACCGUUGUGUGUGAAAAUUGCAGGAAAUUAGCAGUAUCUGAAAUACUCAAACUGACACCAACAACCAUGCUGUGGUCAAAGUCACUGAGAUUUUUAUCUCCAUUCGAAUGUUUGAUGUGAACGGUAAACUAAAGCUCUGGAUCUGUAUCUGCAGGAUUUUAUGCACUGCACUGCUGACACAUGGUGCUUUUUGAACCUGGAAAUAAGUAAUUUGGGACCAUUUACAGGAUCUAUUUUGAACCCUCCGCCUGCUUGUUCUUGAUAACUCAGUUUUAUUACAGCAGCUCUGAUAUGAACAUGGAAUCACACUGCCCUCUAGUGGGCUCCAGACUCAAACACACUCAUUAAUAAUCAUCCUUUCAUCCUUACACACUCAUCCUGUCCAUCUUUUUUUGACUAUAAAUAUACAGUGCAUCCGGAAAGUAUUCACAGCGCUUCACUUUUUCCACAUUUUGUUAUGUUACAGCCUCAUUCCCAAAUGGAUUAAAUUCAUUAUUUUCCUCAAAAUUCUACAAACAAUACCGCAUAAUGACAACGUGAAAGAAGUUUGUUUGAAAUCUUUGCAAAUUUUUUGAAAAUAAAAAAUUUUAAAAAUCACAUGUACAUAAGUAUUCACAGCCUUUGCCAUGACACUCAAAAUUGAGCUCAGGAGCAUCCUGUUUCCACUGAUCAUCCUUGAGAUGUUUCUACAACUUGAUUGGAAUCCACCUGUGGUAAAUUCAGUUGAUUGGACAUGAUUUGGAAAGGCACACACCUGUCUAUAUAAGGUCCCACAGUUAACAGUGCAUGUCAGAGCACAAACCAAGCCAUGAAGUCCAAGGAAUUGUCUGUAGACAGGAUUGUGUCGAGGCACAGAUCUGGGGAAGGGUACAGAAAAGUAUCUGCAGCAUUGAAGGUCCCAGUGAGCACAGUGGCCUCCAUCAUCCGUAAAUGGAAGAAGUUUGGAACCACCAGGACUCUUCCUAGAGCCGGCCGCCCGGCCAAACUGAGCAAACCCCAUCCAACCUGAUGGAGCUUGAGAGAUCCUGCAAAGAAGAAUGAGAGAAACUGCCCAAAAAUAGGUGUGCCAAGCUUGUAGCAUUAUACUCAAAAGGAUUUAAUUGCUGUAACAGCUGUAAUUGCUGCCAAAGGUGCUUCAACAAAGUAUUGAGCAAAAGCUGUGAAUACUUAUGUACAUGUGAUUUUUUUUUUUUUGAUUUUUUUUUUUUUUUUUUUUUCCAAAAAAUUUGCAAAGAUUUCAAAACAAACUUCUUUCAUGUUGUCAUUAUGCGGUAUUUUUUGUAGAAUUUUGAGGAAAAUAAUGAAUUUAAUCCAUGUUGGAAUAAGGCUGUAACAUAACAAAAUGUGGAAAAAGUGAAGCGCUGUGAAUACUUUCCGGAUGCACUGUAUUAUAUAGAUGCCAGUGAACAUAAAGUAAAUGAAGACUGUUUCACCAAAAUAUUGCCUUAUCAUGUUGAAGGGUUGUACACUGACCUUAUGAGGGUCGAAACUUUAUGACUUGAUCUUUAAAUCACAGAAUUGUUAGAUAGUAUCUUCAGACAUUUCUGUGGAACUGACAAAUAUGCAGGAUUUUCAUUGUCUAAGCAGAAGGUCAUUAAAGCAAAAAUGUUCUGA